GUUCACAACAGAAACCUGCUGUCCCUCGACUUUGAUCGUGUGACAAGGACAGAGAAAAUCUAUGAUGACCACCGCAAGUUCACGCUCCGCAUCCUCUACGACCAGGCAGGGAGGCCCAGUCUCUGGUCACCGAGCAGCAGACUGAACGGGGUCAAUGUCACCUAUUCCCCAGGAGGACACAUUGCAGGGAUUCAGAGGGGCACAAUGUCAGAAAGGAUGGAGUAUGAUCAGUCUGGCAGAAUUACAUCCAGAAUCUUUGCUGAUGGCAAAUCAUGGAGCUACACUUACUUGGAGAAGUCCAUGGUGCUGCUCCUUCACAGCCAGAGACAGUACAUCUUUGAGUUUGAUAAGAACGACCGGUUGUCGUCGGUGACCAUGCCCAAUGUUGCCCGGCAGACUUUAGAAACCAUUCGUUCCAUUGGUUACUACAGGAACAUCUACCGGCCACCAGAAGGCAAUGCCUCGGUAAUUCAGGAUUUCACAGAGGAUGAGCAGCUUCUCCACACUUUGUACUUGGGCACAGGGAGACGUGUCAUUUACAAGUAUGGAAAGUUGUCCAAGUUAGCCGAGAUGCUCUACGACACCACAAAGAUCAGUUUCACUUAUGACGAAAUUGCUGGCAUGCUGAAGACCAUAAACUUGCAGAAUGAAGGGUUCACAUGUACAAUCAGAUACAGACAGAUAGGACCCCUCAUUGAUCGGCAGAUUUUCCGCUUCACUGAGGAAGGCAUGGUGAAUGCACGCUUUGACUAUAAUUAUGACAACAGCUUUCGGGUGACCAGCAUGCAAGCAGUCAUCAACGAGACACCUUUACCCAUUGAUCUCUACAGAUAUGAUGAUGUGUCAGGCAAAACUGAGCAAUUUGGUAAAUUUGGAGUCAUUUACUACGAUAUCAACCAGAUUAUCACCACUGCUGUCAUGACUCACACUAAACAUUUUGAUGCCUAUGGCAGGAUGAAGGAGGUCCAGUACGAGAUAUUCCGGUCACUGAUGUACUGGAUGACUGUGCAGUAUGACAACAUGGGGAGAGUGGUUAAGAAAGAGCUGAAGGUUGGCCCUUAUGCAAACACAACUAGGUACUCAUAUGAGUAUGAUGCUGAUGGCCAGUUGCAGACAGUGUCAAUCAAUGACAAACCACUCUGGCGUUACAGCUAUGACCUAAACGGAAACCUCCAUUUGUUGAGUCCGGGAAAUAGUGCCCGCCUUACACCGCUUAGGUACGACCUCAGGGAUAGGAUUACUAGACUGGGGGAUGUGCAGUACAAAAUGGAUGAAGAUGGCUUCCUGAAGCAAAGAGGCAAUGAUAUUUUUGAGUACAAUUCAGCUGGCCUGCUCAUCAAAGCCUACAAUAAAGCUAGUGGGUGGAGCGUGAAGUAUCGCUAUGAUGGCCUAGGAAGGAGAGUCUCUAGCAAAACCAGCCAUGGCCAUCACUUGCAGUUCUUCUACGCAGACCUGACCAACCCAACCAAGGUCACCCAUUUAUACAACCACUCGAGCUCUGAGAUCACCUCCCUCUACUAUGACCUCCAAGGCCACCUCUUUGCAAUGGAGCUCAGCAGCGGCGAUGAAUUCUACAUAGCUUGUGAUAACAUUGGCACUCCUUUGGCUGUCUUCAGUGGGACUGGCUUAAUGAUUAAGCAGAUACUGUACACAGCAUAUGGGGAGAUCUAUAUGGACACCAAUCCCAACUUCCAGAUCAUCAUCGGCUACCACGGAGGACUGUAUGACCCCCUCACAAAGCUUAUCCACAUGGGACGGAGAGACUAUGACGUGCUAGCGGGUCGGUGGACAAGUCCAGACCAUGAUAUGUGGAAGCAUCUGAGUAGCAAUAACAUAAUGCCUUUCAACCUGUAUAUGUUCAAAAACAACAAUCCCAUUAGCAACUCUCAGGAUAUCAAAUGUUACAUGACAGAUGUCAACAGUUGGCUGCUCACUUUUGGGUUCCAGCUACACAACGUCAUUCCCGGCUACCCCAAGCCAGACAUGGAUGCAAUGGAGCCGUCCUAUGAGCUAAUCCACACACAGAUGAAAACCCAAGAAUGGGACAAUACCAAGUCAAUUUUGGGGGUCCAAUGUGAAGUGCAGAAGCAGCUGAAGGCCUUUGUCACUCUUGAGCGCUUCGAACAGAUCUACAGCUCCAGCAUCGCCGGGUGCCGGCAGGUCAAGAAGAACAAGAACUUUGCCUCUGGAGGCUCUAUCUUCGGCAAAGGCGUCAAGUUCGCCAUGAAGGAUGGGCGCGUGGCCACCGACAUUAUCAGUGUGGCCAACGAGGAUGGGCGGAGGAUCGCAGCCAUCCUGAACAAUGCCCAUUACCUGGAGAACUUGCACUUCACCAUCGACGGGGUGGACACGCACUAUUUCAUUAAGCAAGGGCCGUCGGAGGGCGACCUGUCCAUCUUGGGCCUCAGCGGCGGGCGGAGAACGCUGGAGAAUGGCGUGAACGUGACCGUGUCCCAGAUCAACACAGUGCUAAGUGGAAGGACUAGACGUUACACGGACAUCCAGCUCCAGUAUGGUGCGCUGUGUCUAAACACUCGCUACGGGACCACCUUGGACGAGGAGAAGGCCCGCGUCCUGGAGCUGGCCCGACAGCGCGCUGUCGCCCAAGCUUGGUCCCGGGAACAGCAGAGACUGCGGGAUGGGGAGGAGGGUAUUCGCUCGUGGACAGAAGGGGAGAAGCAACAAGUGCUAAACACGGGCCGGGUACAGGGCUACGACGGCUAUUUUGUGAUCUCAGUGGAGCAGUACCCCGAACUCUCAGACAGCGCCAACAACAUCCACUUCAUGAGACAGAGCGAAAUGGGCAGAAGGUGACAGAGAGGGUCAAUGCGGUGACUUCUUGCCAAAGACAGCUACUCUUUUGUGGCCACUUACCUGACUGUGUUGUACUCAAUCCUUUUUCUAAACUGAACAAGGUGGGGGGGGAGGAAAAUAGAAAGAGAAGGAAUAAUACGGUUGCACUGUAACUCAUGCAACAUACUUUUUUCCUCUUUAAUUUGGCCUUCACGCGUUUUUUGCAAUGAACAGAAGGUAUAUUUUGCCGUAGUGUGAUCACAGUGAAAUUUACUGUCUCUUAUCCUCUUCCCCCCCCCCUUUGUGAGGAAUUGAAGUGGGGAGUCGUCAACGUACGUCCUUAGGUGUGAAGUGCGAAAUGGGUGUCUGUGCUAACUUGUGUCAUCCUAACCCUUUCUGAUUUGGGGCAGGGACAGAUAGCCUUCCACCCGAAACACGGGGAGCCCGCGGCGUGCCGGAGAGCUCUUCCCGAGAAGAAAGGAGAUGGAAGAUGAUGCUGAUUCCGAGACUCCGAAAGCAACCGUCCAAAUCAUGUGCCUCAAAAGAGACCUUACAAGUAGUUUUCACGUUUCACUUGGGACAUAAAGUGUUUUUUUGGGAGCUCCUGCUGAGCAGAAGUAGAUUAUAGAGGCAAAGGAGCUGAUUAUAUUAACUUGCAAGAUGAUUCUCUUCCUUCCUGAACUGGAAUAAAAAAAGA